AUGGUUGUUAAUAAUCCAAAUAAUUGGCACUGGGUAGAUAAGAAUUGUAUUGGAUGGGCCAAAGAGUACUUCAAAGAAAAACUGGUUGGAGUAGAGGCCGGUUCGGUAAAGGAUAAUAAAUAUGCCAAAAUUAAAUCUGUCUCAUCCAUUGAAGGCGAUUGUGAAGUCAAUCAGCGUAAGGGUAAAGUCAUAUCUUUAUUUGAUUUGAAAAUCACGCUGUUAAUAGAAGGUCAUGUCGAUUCAAAGGAUGGAUCGGCAUUGCCAUUCGAAGGUAGCAUUAACAUCCCUGAAGUUGCUUUUGAUAGCGAAAUCUCGAGCUAUCAAUUUGAGAUAUCUAUUUUCAAGGAGACUAGUGAAUUGAACGAAAUCAAACCAUUAAUCAGAUCGGAGCUAUUGCCCAAGCUAAGAUGCAUUUUUCAACAAUUCGGCAAAGAUUUACUGAUCACUCAUGGCAAUGACAUCCAAGUCCCAGAAUCUCAAGUGAAGUCUAACUAUACAAGAAGUAACCAAAAGAACAGCUUUACUGAGAUCAAGGAUUCCGCUUCCGAGUCAAAAAACAACGCAUCUUCCCCUACCGCCUCAGCGCCAUCCUCCAGCACCACCAAAGUCAUCCAAAACGGAAGUGGUAACAGUACAUCCAUAUAUUUGGAACCCACUUUCAAUGUGCCAUCCUCAGAAUUGUAUGAAACAUUUCUUGACAAACAACGCAUUUUGGCCUGGAGCAGAUCGGCACAGUUUUCCCAUAGCGGACCCAAACUGGACGCCAAAGAAAACUUCGAACUGUUUGGCGGUAACGUAAUCAGCCAGCUGCUAUCCUGUGAAAAGGACAAGAAACUUAUUUUCCACUGGAAACUCAAGGACUGGCCCGCCGCUUUCAACUCUACUAUAGAAAUGACUUUCCACGAAUCGCAAGAGUUUCACGAAACCAAACUACAAGUGAAAUGGGCCGGUAUACCCGUGGGCGAGGAAGACCGUGUGCGCGGUAACUUUGAAGAAUACUACGUUCGUUCCAUCAAGUUGACAUUUGGCUUUGGCGCCGUAUUAUGA